CUGAAGGAAUCGGACGAGUGGAGUGUUGUUUACGUCUACAAGUGUCGGCCGGAUGACCCACUAGUAACUUGACUUUUUAAUGACUCAACUAUUCCAUAACUGACAAGGUAUCUAUGUGGCACAGUUACAAAGGAUGAUUGUGAUGAUUGCUGUGAGAAAGGUGAAGUCAUUGCUGCUUCUACUCUUGAGCCUUGUUAGACGAUGUUUUUGCUGCAUCAAAAGGAGACGACAUUCAGAUUCUCAUCUUCCCAUUGCUGUCUCAGUGGAUGGCAGUACAUGUGAUGCCCUUCCCAAACAGAAUGAUGACGGUCUUGGUGGAUGGGACUCCUGGGAUAUCCCAUCAUCUGUGGUGAGUGAUGGUGGUGGGAGAGCAUCGUUAUCACCCCAUAUGUCGUUACUGCAACAACAGAUCAACCAAUACCGACUUAAUCAACAAAGAAAGAUGCAGGAACCAGACCCAGAACCUGAACCAGAACCAAACUACUUUGAGGACUUGGCACCAAGCAUAGAAAAGAAACCACAGGUUGUAAUACUUGAGCGACCUGAGGAAGAACAGCAAGUGUCCAACAGGUUGUCUUUCUCACUAGCUGACCCACUUCUUCAGUCAUCUGAGCUGGAAGAGUGGAUGGAGAAUGAUGGUGGCUGGGAGGAUGAGGCUGAGGAGGCAGACCUAGAUGCUGUAUUGCGUGAGAAGCGGCAGUUUGAUAGAGAACGACGAAGACAAGAGCAGCAGAGACGCAAAAAUGAGAAAGAAGCUGCUCGGUCCAGUAAACUAGCUGUUUCUAAGAUUGCCACAAAGCUGUCGUAGGGAACACUGCAUGUACUGUAUGUUUAUGUGAGUGAAGUUUCACUUCUUCAGUUACUUAUUUCAUGUUGAACUAAGAUUUAAGGAACUUUGUGCAGAUUUCAAAUUCAUGUAUGUAUGCUACAUUUUUCUGAGUGCCUGUGACUCUCAAUGGUUUUAAUAUUUUCAUAAAAAUUGUAGUUUAGAAUAGCACUUUUAACUGGAGGCUUAUUUAAAUAAUUAUACAAGGUGAAGUGUACUGAAAUACAGUAUAUUAUUAUACAAAGUUUAUAUACAGUUAUAGUAUGUUGUCAGAAAUGAUUUUGUAUAUGAAGAUUCACAUGAAAGUAUAUUAUGGGUUAUAUUCUGAAUUAAUCCUAAAAAAUAUAAUUAUAAAUUUGUCCUUGAUCUCGAGGAAGAAAAUAACAUGCAGGACGAACUUAACAUCCUAGCUCAUAGGUUCAAAUAUCUGUUUGGAAGUUUGUAAUGUUGAAGAGCUUAUCCAUUUUAAGCACAGUCUCACACUGUGAGAGCCCACCCUUUCCCAGCAGAGGCAGGUGAUUAGCGGUCAUAGGAUACAGUAUUUGUUACUGGUACCAUUUAUUGGUUGUUUGGGAACUUUCAAUCCAUUGCAUCAUAUCAACAAAGUGACCAUUUGACUAGAUACUGAAUAAUUGCAAAACAAUUUAUACUGUAUUUUGUUUUCUCACAAUAUUAUCCUUAUUUUAAGUGGAAAUGUGACUGACCCCCAACUUUUUGAGCUGAACUUGUGGGAUGCCUGAGAAUUUAAUAAGAUGCACCAAAAUUUUAGGCAACCAGAUACCUUUUGUGUGUGUGUUUAAAAAAAUAUGCAAAAAAAUAUUUACAGUUGAGAAAAAAAGUUCUGUCAUACAAUAUGACAUAUAAAAAAAAAAAAAAAAUCUGAACUUGCUCUCUGAUGAAGUUUUAUUGCAAAUUAAAUUACCUGUACUGUACUUCUUUUCACAUAACAUACUAACCUCCACCAGGUGGGACUGAACCUGACCCCUGGCAUGGGAGACAGGAUCACUACCCCACAGUGCUAACCAAAAGAACUGGCCUACAAUGCCUGAUAGAAUUAACAGGAACUCGAUUCAUAAUUGAAUAGGUAAGUUCUUUAUAGCACGAGGUAGCUCAGUGGUAGUGCUCGUCUCCCAGGCCCAGGCCUUAGGUUCAAUCCCACCUGGUGGAUGUCUGCAUUUUAUAUAUGUAAUAUAAUCUGCCUGCUAGUAUGAAAUGAUUAUACAGUACAGUACUGUACUCUAUUGCCUUACCUUAACCUCUUUGCCCUAUGUUGGCUUUAAACACACAAAAACAGGUUUGUCAUUAAAAGCUAAGGUUCAUGUAGUAAGAAAUAAAAACAUACGAGUAAAGUAAAGUACUGUACAACCAUUGCAUAUGCCUGUUAUCAAAGUUGGGAUAGUGUACAAAUAAUUACUUUUAAAGUUAGCUGAUCUCAAUGCCCCCGUAAAGUGAAUUAUUAAGAAUUUGAUUAUAUUUAUUGUUUAGUAAAGAGAGGGUAGUGUUUUUGUUUCAUAUGUAAUAUUCUCUGCUAAUUGCUCAUUGUGAGAUAAGAGUAACAGAUCCAGGUUACAGCACAUCUGGGGGCCAUAGUAUUAUAGCUUUCAGGCCAGUCCCAAUUUUUCUUUUAAGAGGAUAGAAACUUGUAAAAAAAAUAUGAGGCAUAUUUUUUGUCAUAAAAAACCUUAAAAAAAUUUCCACAUGGCAACACCUAACCUCAUGUUGCUCAGUGCGAAGUAGCAGCUUCAUUGUACUGUAGUUACGAUACAGGCCAAAGUUAUGUUUUAGAUAUUAUAUGAGAAUUAAAUAGUACUGUACAACAUGAAAAUAUAAACUAAAUAGUUUAAUAUGGUAUUUACUUUGGACUUGCUCCAAAGGCAAACUGAGAAUCUGUAAGGAUUAUUAUUGUCACUGCAGAAGGAGUUUAGUCUACUACAUGCCAGCUUCUCGAGUAUCUUACUUAAGGUUGGGAGGACCAAUAUGCGGUGGUUCUUGAAAAGAUCUUUGUCACCAGAUUUUUAUAUGUUGGGUGAACUUCAGCAAUAUUCAGUUUAUCAAAAAGACACUGUAAGAGAAGGAGGAGUUGCAUAUGUGUAAGAGAAGAGGUAAUAAAAGGGGGACAUUUUUAUUAAUGAUCCUCAGUGGUAUAUUGUCGUCGCCUGCUGCUGCAUCUUUGGACAUUUUAAUGGUGUUCAAUAAUUCAUUUGCCAUGACUGGGAACAAGAACAACUCAUUUUGCUGUUUUUGCAGGUAGGGUCUAAAUUCCUCAUGAUCAUCAGAAAUAUUCUCAACAAGAUUCCUGCCAACAAUGAUAAAAUAAUCAUUGAAUUGGUUGAUGAGGGAGGGUUCCAUUACAGUUGUAUCAUUUAUCAUAAAAGCUGAGAGGGGAGCCAGAAGUUAAGUAUUCCUAUUCUGGAUAGGAUUGAUGAUACUCCAGGUUUUCCUACUGCUGCUUGAUGCUGACUAGUUUAUUUGUAUAAUAGCUAUGUCUGACAUUCCGUACUGCUUGUGUUAUUCUAUUUCGGGCGGCACUGAAAGUUAUGUUUUUUCAAGUUUUAUUAUUAUUAUUAUUAUUAUUAUUAUUAUUAUUAUUAUUAUUAUUAUUAUUAUUGCCCUAAUUUCAGUUGUAACAUUGUAUAGGACUUGGAGAUAGAUAUACUUUUUACAAACUUAGUCUUCAAGGGGAAGCAUUUAUCAAAGCAAUCAUUGAGGAUGCAGGAGAAGUUGCAGCUGAUCACAUUAGGGUUGUUGGAGAUGUUGACAAGAUCCCACUUAGUAUUCAUUAAGUUGUUUUUUAACAAGAGAUUAUUGUCAUCAUGGUCUUUGUAUUUUAUUGUGACUUUACUAGUCCCUUCAAAUUUUGCUGCUGUUUUAUACAUGGUAAAAACUGGGAAGUGAUCGGAAAUGUUGCUAUAAAUAAUUCUACUCGCAAGAUUGACAGUUACUCUGGUGGGUUUAGUUAUUGUGUUGAAGAAGAGUUUAGAAUGACAGGUAGCAAGAAGGUCUAUCACUGAGGUAAUUCCAUCUUUAAUUUUAGUAGAUCCAGGUUGAAAUCUCCUGUAGUGUAGGAAAGUUUCCUCUCGGAACUUAUGAUAGAGAUUAGUUCCGAUAAUUUAUCAAGAAAGUUCUUUACAGUGGUAUGGGGCCUUAUGUAAAUUACUCCUACCAGAUUAUUUCGUUUGUCAAUACAGAUUUCAGUGAAAAAACUCCCCAUGAACUCCUGAACUUUUAAAUUAGCUCUUCCAAAAGUUUUAUACUGUACUUAGUAUUAAUAUAGAGCGCAACACCAUCACUAUGUUGUGACGUAUUGACAGUGUCUAGUAUAAUUAGGUAUGUUAUACAUGUGUUCAAUAUCGUUAGAGAGUUUGGUCUCAGAACCCAAAUACAGGGUACAUCAAAUUUGUGGACAAUAGAAGUUAUAUACAUCUAUAAAGGUUUCUAGGUGAAGGGGAAUACUGCUGAUACUGAAUUAUGGCUCAUUAUAGAGAAGAAAUGAGGUAGCAAGAGACUAGAGCUAAACUCAAUUGAGUCAGGAAGUAAUAGUUACAGUUGGGGUUGGUGUAACCCAGUGAGUUUUGUAGAAAGGCAUCAGGGUCAAUAUGUGUGUACUGGGAAUGAAUUUGUCACCAACACGUGCAUGAGGGGUUUGUUGAAAUUUGAUAGUUUUUGCCCUCACCAUAUUGAUGCCUCAUGCCCAUAAACCUGUUUUUUAUGAUUAUUGGAAAAAAUAUAACCAUCUGAGGAAACCUGUGUUUGGGAUGUACAGACAAUCAAAAAACUAUCUGUACUUAGGGUCGAUGAAUUUUAAAAUGAACACUGUGACUCCUGUUGUCUUGGUUAGGUUGCCAAAAUCCUUUGUCCAUUGUGUCAUAGUGUCCAAUACAAUUUUGUAAGGAUAGUUUUUUGAUCAACCGUACAUGGACAGGGGCAAGUAUCGACAUCGUUGUUACAACUCAAAUCCUCAUUCCUCAUAAAACAAGCCCUAUCAAGUCUCAGUCUCUAUUACUGUACAGUAUUUUAAAAUGAAAAGGGUAAAAAAAAUAUACAGUACAGGAAAUAAUUUGAUCCCAAUAACUUUAGUUUUAUUUCUCAUAAUAAAUGUCUUCUGUCUUAAAGGAAAUUUCCUAGCUUACUAUAUUAUGGGAGGAAGGAGUGAGGCAUCAUCUUUGAUACAACUUAUCCUUUUAGUCAAGUCAAAUUACAACACUAACCAAAUCAUUAAGAACAAGCCUGGUCAUCAUCACAUGUCCCCUUCCAGGCUAAGGGGACUCUUAAAGGUGGAGUGGAGAUCUCACUCUGAUUCCCACACAGCUUAACUUCCAGAGACAUAAUUUUCCUGGCCUUCCCAGACAUUUUCAAAGUUAUAGGGUACACUGCUCUCUUCACAGUCACAAAAACAGAGCGAACAAUGAUAACAUAAAAACAAUGAUAGCGGCCGACACUGCUCACAUCAUUUCCACAACAACAGAGGCAAAGCACUUUACAGUCACAAAAAACAUAGCAGAAAUGACUUCACAGUCACCAAAACAGAGUACAAUGUAUAAUGUGAACGUUAGUGAUGUCCAUUCAUUAUAAAGUAUAAAAACAAAAAUUGAUGAAAAGUAACACCGACACUGACCGAUAAUUAUCGUUGAGCUACACGAUCACAGGGGUGUGUGCAAUCACCAUGGAACAAAGCUUGGGACUGUAGUGGCUGUGUGGCGGUGCACAGGUAGGCCGCAGCUGACAGGUGCAGCAAGAAAUGUGUUUGAUAUUCCGAGUUGGCCGGAAGAUGAACAUUGUUCAUGUGAAUAUUUUGAUCGUAAAUAGGGGGGGUGGUCUUAAUACAUCACCAUUGUUCAAGUGAAAUAUCAUAGUUAGGGAGAUCGUAAAUUGGGGGAUACCUCUACAGUAUUGUAUGUUUUUAUGUUAUUGAAGAUGUUGUAACAUUUAUGGAGAGUCAUACACCACAAGAGGCUGAUCAUACGAAAAUAUAUUUAUGAAUCAAUAAAAAAAAACCUGGUGAAUGUGACAACACCUGGUCCAUUCCCAGCCUGUUUACAUAUGCAGUGUCUAUCUCUGUAUUUGGUAGCUCGUUAGGCCUACAGAAAAUCUGAUUAGACCACCUUACAGAUUUAGUGAGUAAGUGUUGUCCUUCUCAUAAGAUUUUUUUUUUAAUUAUACCAAUUUCUUAAAACCCUCAAAUCUCUCUGUUAAAGAUAGUAUGUACUGUACUUAUAUUUUUUACUUUAUCUUUUUUGCCACUGAUCGGUUUAUUAGCCACUUGGGCGGUUGGUCACAUAUCUGUUACUCACUGUUGGUAAGUACAGUACAGUAUUGGACAUGUAAUGGCUCCAAAAUGUAUCUCUACAAUCUCAACACUGACAGAUUGUUCCAAGAAUUUACAACCCUCACUCCAAAAAAAAGUUUGCCCUGACAGUUUUCUGAACUUGUGGCUUCUUCAACUUGAGGCUGUGGCCACUAGUGGGGUAAGAAUUUGUUUCCAGGAAUGGUAUACUGUAUAUGAAGUCAGGACUUAGAAUGAGGCACGUACCAUGCACAACAUCCCUGCACAAGCGUUCAACCACACAUACGUACACAAACUGUCUGGACUGAUGCUGGAUUUUUCAGAUUUUUUAAAAUAUUUAUGGUGAAUAGAGUCAGAUGUGUUGGGGGUCCUACUAUUGAUAGACACUGAAACAUUAUUUUAUAUACAAAAUAAUAAACUGCUCAGUGAUAUAUAGUAUAGUACUAUAAUAUGAAACUGAUGUAAGAGUUUUACUGAAUACAAAUCUGACCAUAAUUAGAAAAAGAUGUACAGUAUGUAUUUUUGUUGAUGUUUCCCUUGCCCACUUUUAUUUUAAAAAUAUCAAUAUUUUAUUUAAUAACUUGCACACAUGCCUAUAUGAUUUUAACAUUAUUAUUAAGUCUGUGUAAGCCUUUCCUGUAUAUAGAAUAAGUUUGUUCAAGAGGAAAAAGAGUAAUGGUAGAACUGGAAGUAAUGCUUAAAGAUCUCUUAUUAUUUUUUGUGGGGAGAGGUUUAUUAAUACAAGUAUUUAAAUAACUCUGUGGUGUAUAGAGGAGAGUCAAUGUGGGCUAUUUCUGUAUAUUAAAGGAAAUGUCAUGUAUAUAUAUAGCAAAGUAAAAGCAUAAUUACAGUGAUUUGUUGUACUGUAUAGUCUGUACAAAUUGCCUUCUCCCCCCCACAUUAUGUAAGGACUCUCACUUGUGUUGAAUAUUAGUCCUGAUUAUAAGAGACUGCAGUUGGAUAAUGUGGCUCAUGUGAAAUAUCCCAGAUGUUGGAUAAUGUGGCUCAUGUGAAAUAUCCCAGAUGGUGUUGACUGCAGUGGUGUCAAAAGUCAUUCCACAUUAAAAACUAUUGAUGCAAUUUUACUUGUUUUCUUGUGAUGAGAUCUACAGUGUUUCUUAGUUGUGACUUUCUCAUAGGGGAGUCAUUGGUUAUGAGUGAUAGUUUUGGUUGUUGCAUAACUUACUGGGUAAUAUUUGGUGUUUGUGAAGUAAAUGAUUUUCAUAUUCAUCCAACUAGAAGUUUUGCGCUUCUUCAUCCCAUUAAGUGCAUAUGAUUGUACAGUCACCCACAAAAGCUCUGCCGACUCUCCUCCUGAACCAUGAACCCUGAGAUUCUGAAACAUUUAUGGAUAGAAAAAUGCAUUGCUGUCUAACGCUUCGGGUUCACGAGUCUGAAUCCCGGGGUUUGUUGUUCAGGAGAGGCAACAGGUCUUUUGUGGGUGAGUGUACUGUAAUUAUUUCAUCUCCAUGCUGAUAAUGAAGACACACUUAAGAUGCCCAUGAUAGGUAAAAAACAAAAAACAAAACAAUAUGUUUGUUGAUAACUUUACUUUUCUCUUUAUUUUUGAUAAUUUUUUAUUCAGAUGAGUUCAUUGUUAAUUUGUAAGUUAGAAACCAGUCUCCAUUCUAUGCAGAAAUGAUACAUGGUUGUAUAUGUUUACUCUAUGUCUACUGUAUGUUAUUUAGUACAUCUUUUUGUCUGUAUAAUUUAGUACAGUAAUUGUUUUUGCUUCAAGAGUAAUUUCUCAUUAUCCAAGACUGAUUCAUACUGUUCAUAGAGCAGACAUUGUUAAAACAGGGGUGUCCACAUAAAAUCCUUUAAACUAAAAUUAAUGGCAUGGUAGCUGAAGGCCUCACUCCAACAGUCAAUAGAAAUAUUCAUCAUAAGUAAAGUUUAGUCAGCUGUUAAGUAAUCCUUCAGUGAGAGACAAGAAUUACUGGACACUAGCAAAUUUGGACACUGCUGUUAUAUAUAUAAAAAAAAGUUUAAAUAUUUCUCACAUUGGUGUUGUAAUGAUCUUUGAAGAAGUAAAUUUAUGUGUAGCACCCCUAACAGUACGGUUAGAGACUUGGUUAUCCGUGCUUGAGGGGCGGGCCACAUGCAUGGUUAUCCCAUAAACACGGCUAAAUGAAGUCCCACCCCAGUCAAUGACAAAUAAAGUGUUCUAAAACAAG